AAAAAAAAAAAUGACUAAGCCAAUAAGGCAAAAUGCUCCCUUGUCAUUUGUUGAAAGAUUAAUUAAUUUUAAUACCGACGUCAAUAGUGAUUUUAGUAUUAUUAUUAUUAUUAUUUUUCAAAUCUUCCAGUCCACUGUUUGCUUUGAUCAACUCCCAACAACAUCCAAAGGCCGGCACAGCUGCUUCUAUCUUUCACAGCCGGCUCUCUCUCUCUCUACCAAUGGAAUUGCUUUGUAAACACGGUCUCUUUACAAAGGAAAUGUGGUCUAAUUUUACAGUUCCAGUUUAAAGUAAAGGCUCUUCUUCAAUACGGUAAGCACUUUCCUUGCACUUCGUUUUUUUAGUGAUGAAGUUUUUAAUAUGAGAUUUUAAGUCUGUGUUUUUAGAACUUUACAAUUAUUCAAGGACGAUACUUUGUUAGAAUGUUUGAUUUUCUACCAUAUAGUAAAAUGGUUUAACAUGAAUUGGGUUCCACGCAAUUCAAAUUUGGUUAUUUUCCUAUAUUGUCUCAGCUGACAAAAAAGAUGAUCCAAGCACUGUUAGUAGUUUAGGUUGGAAGUUAUUUGAUGUUCAGAUUGUAUUUCCAAAGAUGGCUGGAAACUAUAGGUUUGCAAUGGACCAAAAGGACAAUGUAAGGUUACUGAAUACCUCAGUUGAUAGUUUCAUAAGAGAUAGGUUGAUUAAUAGAGAAAAGAGAACCCAACACAAAGAACAGUGUGCGGAGAGAUUGGCAGCCGAAGAUGGAAGCUGCGGCGAUGACACAGAGGUCCUGUACUCUGAUCAAGCCGUGUUGGCAAAUUUGGACUGGGGAAUUGAGGCACUUGAAGAAGCCAUCAGAACUUCUAAUAUGGAAACCAAGCUUGCAAGAUUGGACCAUGCAGAGAAGAUGUUGCAAGUCUGUGCCAUGUUGAAUUCCAAUCACAAAACUGCUGGUGUUCCCAACUUCUAUCUCUCUGCUUGGGCACACCUCAAUCUAGCUUACCUUUGGAAAUUGAGGAACAAUGUUCAUAAUUCAGUUCUACAUGUUGUAGAGAUGUUUAUAGUUGAUCCUUUGUUUUCCCGGAUUGAUUUUGCUCCUGAACUUUGGAAAGAUCUGUUUCUUCCACACAUGGGCUCCAUUGUUGGGUGGUAUUCUGAACAGAGGCACAAGCUUGUCUUGGAUGUGGUUCCUGAUCUUUCUGAUCUGUCCUUCACAACUGACUUUGAUCAAUUUUUCAACGAGUCUUUGAUCCUUUCGAUGAGACCGGAUCAAGUAGAUAAAUUGCAAAGGCUGGAGCAACUUUAUGGGGAAUCAUUGGAUGAGAAUACACGUCUAUAUGCCAAGUACUUUAAGGACUGCAUGAAUUGUGAUUCUACCUCUAGCAAGAAAGUCAUACCAAUGUUGCCAAUUGCAGAACCACCAAUGACUCCUUUGCAUGAGUUGAGCCGGUCGGUACCUGAUUUUGUAAAAUUUGGUCCUAUCCUGCCCAAGAGUGCUGGGUUUUCUAUAUUUAAAACUAAAGAUGGCACAAGAGAAACAAGCAGAAUAAAUACAACUUCAUUAGCCUCACAGAAUUUGGAGUCUGGUAGAUCGGAUCCUAAGGAAGGCUUGGUGGAGGAGGAUGGAGAAGAUUCUGACUAUGAAGCAAGUGAUGCCAAUGUGGAUUCUGAUGACAGAACUCACAAGUUGCUGCUUACUCUUGGCAGCAACAACAAGAACGAGGACAUGGAAACAAGGCCAGCAGCACCACAAUAUAAGAUGAAGAAUCCGCUAUGUUCUCCUACUCUAUUCUCUCCAAUAACUUCACCACAAACGUCAUCUCCAAAUCAAGAUGUGCAGGCCAAAAUCGAACCUGCUUCUUUAUUGCGUCUCAAGUCCAUACGUGUAACAGAUUCCACUACUACUACCUCUUUGCCUGUAUCUCCAUGUGUCAUUAGUGAUUGCAGCAUUAGUUCAGCGGAAUCUGAUGGGGAAGUUAUAGUGGUCCCACAAAGUUGCAGAAAAAACCAUAGUCGACAAAGGAGCAGAAGUAGGAGUUAUGAAAAUUUGAGUAGCCAAGCAUUGAGAAAUAGUUCUCCUCACGAAAAUGAUGAAGGAAGCCCAAGUUGCACAUCAUUCCCACUAUCAGAGCAGCCAAAUAGUAGAUGGAAACCACCUAAGGAUUUUGUUUGCCCGAUCACUGGCCAGAUUUUUGGCGACCCGGUUACGCUUGAAACAGGUCAGACAUACGAAAGAAGAGCAAUUCAAGAAUGGCUGAAAAGGGGCAACACGACCUGCCCCAUUACACGGCAACCUUUGUCUGCAACUACGCUACCCAAAACAAACUAUGUUCUGAAAAGACUGAUAACAUCAUGGAAAGAACAGUUUCCUGAUCUUCCACAGGAACUAUUAUACUCUGAAACUCCAAAGUAUUCAUUUAAUUACUCCCCCACUAAAGAAACCUCAUUAGCCUCCACUCGCUUUACAACAUUUGAAUUCCCACGUAAUAGGAACAAUGAUGAAUACGUGGUCAACCAAAGGUGCAAAAGAUUUACGCGACCUGUCGUAUCUACGUCCCCCACCAGUGUGAUAUCUCGAGCUGAAGUUGAAACAAUAAUCAACGGUUUGAAACCCAAUGUUUUAUGUCUCUGUACUUCAGAAAACUUGCAAGAGUGCGAAGCAGCUGUUCUGGCAAUAUUCAAAUUGUGGAAAGACUCCAAGGGUGAUGUUGGGGUUCAUUCUUAUAUAUCUGAGCCAACAAUUGUUAAUGGGUUCGUUGAAAUUCUCUCAGCUUCUCUAAACAGAGGCAUUCUGAGAACGUCAAUUUUUAUUCUGUCUGAGCUGAUAUUUACAGAUGAAAAUAUUGGAGAAACUCUCACUAGUCUAGAUUCUGAUCUUGAUUGCUUGGCUGCUUUGUUAAAAAAUGGGCUAUCUGAGGCUGCUGUUCUUAUAUACCAGCUCAAGCCAGCGUUUGGUCAGCUUGCUGCUCAUGAUCUUAUACCAUCCCUUGUGCAACUAAUAUUGAACAAAACUGAGGAGCUGAAUGAUCUUCACUUUAUUAUGGAACCGAAAGAUGCUGCUAUAGUACUGCUUGAACAGAUUCUAAUUGGAGGAGAUGAAAAUAGCAGAUCCAUUAACGCUUUGAGUGUUAUUUCUGCAAAAGGGAUUCCUGCUUUAGUCAAGUGUUUGGAUAGGGUAGAAGGAAGAAGUUCCGUAGUUUCCAUACUUCUGUGCUGUAUGCACGCUGAAAAAAGUUGUAAGAAUAUGAUAGCAAAUAGAAUUGAUCUGUCUCCUGUGCUCGAGUUAUUUCACGCUGGAAAUGAUUCUGUCAAAGGGAUAUGUGUAGGAUUUCUAUCUGAGCUGGUUCAGUUAAACAGGAGGACACUCUGCAAUCAGAUCUUGCAGAUAAUUAAAGAUGAAGGAGCAUUUAGUACCAUGCAUACAUUUCUUGUAUAUCUUCAAAUGGCUCCCAUGGAGCAACAGCCUGUCAUUGCUUCUCUUCUUCUUCAGCUUGAUCUCCUGGUUGAGCCAAAGAAGAUGAGCAUUUACAGGGAAGAUGCUAUAGAAGCACUAAUUGAAGCACUUCGGAGGAAGGACUUCUCUAAUUCUCAAAUGAUGGCUUUAGAUGCCUUGUCAUCUCUUAUAGGGCGUAUGACCACUUCAGGUGAUUCAUAUGCUGAAGCGUGGCUACUCAAAAUCGCAGGGUUUGAUCAACCUUACAAUGCUUUAAUGAAGGCAGAACAGCUUAAGAAUCUUGACAAUGAUUUUACUGAAACGAUGGAAGAAGAAGAGAAAGCUGUAACCUCUUGGGAGAAGAAGGUUGCUUUUGUUCUUUGCAACCAUGAAAAGGGCUCUAUCUUUAAAGCCUUGGAGGAAUGCCUAAAGAGUAGUUGUCUAGAAAUGGUCAAGUCUUGUCUUGUCAUUGCCACGUGGCUAACAUAUAUGCUUUCUAUACUUCCUGAUACUGGUGUGAAAGUUGCUGCACGAAAGUGUUUGCUUGAAGAAUUUGUAAGUUUUCUCCAAUCAUCUAAGAAUCUGGAGGAGAAGAUUCUGGCAGCCCUUGCUUUAAGAUCUUUUAUGAGUGAUCCAGCUCUAGGAGUUUAUGCUAAAUGCAUAUACAAAACCUUGAGAAAGCUUAAGAGGCAUUCAGUCGUGGUCACUGAUAUAAUGAAAGCCUUGAUGAACUUGUCAUCUGUCGAUGUAACAGAGUUGUGGAGUUGUACUGAACUGGUUGAAUUGGACUUAUGUACGAAUGGAGAAGUUCUGUCAUUGCUGCAUCUAAAAGGUCGGGUUUUCAGCAGCCAUUCUGAUGGAACCAUAAAGGUGUGGGAUGCAGGGAGGAGGGUAUUAAGGUUGAUCCAAGAGGUUCGCGAGCACACAAAGGCAGUCACAUGUCUUUAUGCUUCAACUUCAGGAGACAAAUUAUAUAGCGGUUCCUUAGACAAGACAAUUCGGGUCUGGACAAUCAAAACCGAAGAAAUUCACUGUGUUCAAGUUCUUGAUGUGAAAGAAGCAGUAUAUGAAUUAACAGCCAACAACAAACUAGCGUGCUUUAUCUCACAAGGAACUGGAGUUAAGAUUUAUGAUUGGUCUGGGGCUCCAAAGCAUAUAAACUUCCACAAAUACGUAAAAUGCCUUGCCAUGACAGAAAAUAAGUUAUAUUGUGGUUGCUCCGGUUACAGCAUCCAGGAGGUGGAUUUGUCCACAUUUACAUCAAACACGUUCUACUCUGGUACAAGAAAACUGUUAUGGAAACAAACCAUACAUUCCCUUCAAAUUCAUGAUGGUUUUCUCUUCGCCGGUGGUUCAUCAGUAGAUACAACAGCAGGAAAGAUAUUCUCACUCACAACCAAGGCAAUACAAGGAAUAUUGUCGACUGGAUUCGAUAUCCAACGCAUAGCCAUAAACAAUGAUUUCAUAUUUACAACCACAAAAUGCGGUAUGAUUGAGGUUUGGUUAAAAGAAAGAUUCACAAGAGUUGCUUCCAUCAAAAUGGGUUGUGGGGGACAUGCAAAGAUUACAUCUUUAGCCUCAGAUAUGGAUGGAGAAAUGCUCUUUGCUGGUUCCUCCGAUGGAAAAAUCCAGGUUUGGGCUUUAGAGUAGAAAACAUUGCAUUAUUGCUAUAUCACUUUUUGUAUGCCAAUUUGCUUAGGCAAGCAAUGUAUUCUUCCAUGAAUUGCCCUUGUACACCUUCUUCACAUUGUUCUUAAUUUUGUAGGCGUUGGUUGUAGAAAUAUAAAUUUCCAAAAUUGUUUUAUUUAGCAAUGAUGGACAUAUACCAAUAAUAUUUUUGGCCAUUGCAUGUGGUUCGAUUUUAGCAGUCCAAAUGAGG